UCACGGAGCCCCCGCCAACGCACCUCGCUCCUUGGCACUCUACAGCGCUGUUUACGAGUUCGGCUUUUUUUUUUUUUUUCUUUUGGUUCCAGGGCAGAACUGCUCAGAUUUAACAACCAGGAGACUGGAAGAGGGAGGUGGCAAACAGGAGACCAUACUUUGGGGUGGGGAGGGAUGAGAGUUAAAAGUGUGGCAUUUGAAGGGUGGAGAAAGCAUGGAACUACUGUUUUGCACCAAAUCCUUGUGAAUUCUUAACCUUCCUCUCAUUGCCCAAUAGGAUGCCGAUUUGGGGUAUGCUGGGAGGGGUGUUGAGAUGGAGUAAAUCUCCCAGGAAGGAUUUUGUGGGGGCUGGGCAGGGACCCCAGUUUUUUUCAGGCUCAGGGAGGCCCUUUGCACUUUGCUGGCAGUAUGUUUUUGCAUUUCAGUUUGGAUCAAUAAUUUUGGUCUCUAGGAUCUGGGUGGGCUUCAUGCCUGCUCCACACACUUCAUGAAAGUCGUUUAGACCUGGGUGUCUAAACCAGGGAAGGAAAGAGGUGCUCUGAGGGGAGGGCCGCAUGGUAUGUUUGUGCAUUUUGGCGGCUUCAGUGUCCUGGUGCUGCGUUGGCAGGCUCGGGUGUUUGUCUGGUAGCUGAGCUGCUGGCUUGCAAAUGUGAAGUGCUGGGUGUUGUGUGUCCGCUUUGUGACUCGCGCGUCCACUCCCACAGGGUGGCUGAAGUCAGUGCGCCCUUAUGCUGCCUGUGCCAGGACCCAGCUGUGGUAAAGGAGCCCACUGAUGCUAUGCCUGCUUCAGCGCCCUGUGUGUCCAUGUGUGAGAGUGUGUGUGUCUCCAAGGGGGUAUGUGGCAGAUUGUGAGUUUGGGCUUCUCAGCCCUGGGCCUCGCAGCUGGGAGCGUUUACAGCCGGUUAUAAAGAGUUUGUUUGAAGCUCCGCUCAGCCUGGCCAGGAAUUUCCUCAAUUUCAGCAAUUUGGGCUUUAAAAGGAAAAAAACCCAGAGCCCAUCCCCUCCUCCCCAGCAGGGGCCCCAGCCUAACCCAGGAGCAGCAUCUUGAUGGUGGGGGCUCCACUCGCCACGAAGGGGAUCUGUACCCAGUCGGCCCACUUCACUCUCCCUUGCCCUUCACCCACUGGGCUGUACUUCAGGGUUCAGAGGAUGGAGGUGUGCCAGAGGGAUGCGGAGAAGAAGUGACAGUGCCACACAGAUGGGAAAAGCUGCCCCGGGCCUGUCUCCCUUCAGCCCCUAGUCUUAGAAUUGGCUGGCACUGCUCCAUGCCAGUCUGACCACACCCAGGCCCUUUCACAAGAGAGGAAAUGAGGCAGCGCUCUGUGGGCUGGGAGCAGUCAGCACCACCCCACACAGUGGCCUGUGGCAGCACUGCUGCCCUCAGAGGACAGCGAGAGGAGCCCUGAAAGGCAUUCCAGCCCAUCCCACAUCUCUCAGCCCCAGGCCCUCCUGGAGUCUCCUGUCCCCCACCCCACCCCCGACCCAUCUGAAUAGACUCCAGGCACCCUCUUUCCUCCCUCCUCUCUCUCCUUUUCUUUGGGGACUCUCCCUCUAGCAGGAUUCUUAUGUUAAUUGAGUGCCUGUGUGUUGGGGGGCGGAUGGGCUUCCCUCCUGCGGGGUGGGUAGAGAGGACCCAGACCAGCAUCCUGGGCAUUCCUUUUGCCCUCCUGGGCCAUGGGGUGGACUUCUGACCAGGUGGGCUGCCGCAGGUUAGAAGAAGGAAGGUGCUCAUGAGCGGUGGAGACACAGAGCACUAGCUCUGAGGAGAUGGUGCCCAGCUCACCCUCACCCCCUCCACCUCCUCGGGUCUACAAGCCAUGCUUCGUGUGCAAUGACAAGUCCUCUGGCUACCACUAUGGGGUCAGCUCUUGUGAAGGCUGCAAGGGCUUCUUCCGACGCAGCAUACAGAAGAACAUGGUGUACACAUGUCACCGAGACAAAAACUGUAUCAUCAAUAAGGUGACCCGGAAUCGCUGCCAGUACUGUCGGCUACAGAAGUGCUUUGAAGUGGGCAUGUCCAAGGAAGCUGUGCGGAAUGACCGGAACAAGAAAAAGAAAGAGGUGAAGGAAGAAGGGUCACCUGACAGCUAUGAGCUGAGCCCCCAGUUAGAAGAGCUCAUCACCAAGGUCAGCAAAGCCCAUCAGGAGACCUUCCCCUCGCUCUGCCAGCUGGGCAAAUACACCACGAACUCCAGUGCGGACCACCGGGUGCAGUUGGAUCUGGGGCUGUGGGACAAGUUCAGUGAACUGGCCACCAAGUGCAUCAUCAAGAUUGUGGAAUUUGCCAAGCGGCUACCCGGCUUUACAGGGCUCAGCAUUGCUGACCAAAUCACUCUGCUCAAGGCUGCCUGCCUGGACAUCCUGAUGCUUCGGAUCUGCACCAGGUACACCCCAGAGCAGGACACCAUGACCUUCUCCGAUGGGCUGACCCUGAACCGGACUCAGAUGCACAAUGCUGGUUUUGGACCCCUCACAGACCUUGUCUUUGCCUUUGCUGGGCAGCUCCUGCCGCUGGAGAUGGAUGACACUGAGACGGGGCUGCUCAGUGCCAUCUGCCUCAUCUGUGGAGACCGCAUGGAUCUGGAGGAACCUGAAAAAGUGGACAAACUACAGGAGCCACUGCUAGAAGCCCUGAGGCUAUAUGCCCGGCGGCGGCGGCCCAGCCAGCCUUACAUGUUCCCGAGGAUGCUCAUGAAGAUCACCGACCUCCGGGGCAUCAGCACCAAGGGAGCAGAAAGGGCCAUCACCCUGAAAAUGGAGAUUCCAGGCCCGAUGCCUCCCCUGAUUCGAGAGAUGCUGGAGAAUCCUGAAAUGUUUGAAGAUGACUCACUGCAGACUGGUCCCCACCCUAAGGCCUCUAGCAAGGAUGAUGUUCCAGGGGGCCAGGGCAAAGGGGGCCGUAACCCCCAGCCCGACCAGGGCCCCUGACUUCCCCACCAUGGGGGUUGGGGCUCCAGGCAGCAAACUGACCAUCUCCCAGACACUGCCAGUGGUGACUGAGAAGGACCUGCUCUGCCCAACCCUUCCAAUGAGCUCCUUGUUUUUGCCAAAGUUUCCAGGGGUGCCUCUGUGUUCAUCCCCUUCCUGCUCUAACUGGUUGGUUCCCUUUCCAGUCUUGGGGGUCUGCCUUACUCCCUCUAGGAGAGAGGACAGAGGGGCGAGCCUGGGUUUGGACUUUAAAAUCUCAGCACUGCCCCUCAGACUCCAGGGUCCCAGGCUCCCCAGGGCAGGAGGAAGACCCUGCCAUUCCACAGCCCCUUCCUCAACCAGGUGCUUAGGCUUCUGGAAGCAAACAGGAACACUAGAGACCAAAAGGAGGGUACAGUGGGAGGGCUGAGCCCACCCUCUAGCCCCUGCCCUUGAUGCCUAAUGCUGCGUAGUGCACCUGCCUGGUGCAUGCUACCCUCUGUGCCCCAUCCUGUACAGGUCAGGGUGGGGGCAGGCUGGGCCCUGCAUUUCUGUGGGGGACCAGAGGGUGAAAGCCACAGAUGCAGGCCCAUUCUGCACCUCUUUGCUUGGGCCCCAGAGUUUACCUUGUGUUUACUUUGUGCCCUCCAUUAUAAAGUCCUUCCCAACCCUGUCACGUGCCUUGGGCUUCCCCUGCCCCCCAUCUCAGCCACAGGGCAGGGACCCUCCUACACUACAGAGGGACCAGGGGACCCCUCUCCCCCUAGUGCCUUUUCCCCUGACCCACCAGAGCAGCUUGGCCCAGGGAGAGUGGGGGUGGGGUGCUGCUUAGCUGAUCCUGCCCUGACCCAGAGGAAGCCUCUAUUUAUUUAUUAGCUUUUGUUUACACCCUGGAAUUGACCCCUUCCUCUAGGGGUCUUGGGAGGGGAAGCCCAGGGCCCCUGUGACCCCUCCUUUGUUCCUCCAAUUCCCAGUUUGUAUUUAGCUGCCAAAUAAGAUUCCCACUGGCUCCCCUUUUUCUCUGGGGGGUCAGGGUGCUGUCCCCUCCCCUCUGUUUACAUCUCCCCUCCACCCCCGCUGUAUCGCAUAUUGCUGAGUUUUCUAUUUUUGCAAAAUAAAGU